CCCAAACUUGUAGACGUAACCACUAAAAGGUUGCCUUUUCUCUCUCAUUGGUCAUUCCAACUUCAAAGUGCACUCGCGGUCUCUACUUGGUGUAACCGUCCGUUGUUGUCUUUCUCUCCGUCUCUCUCUUGCUCUCUGUCUUCCAGUUACUUGAAACAACUCGCAGAGUCAAAAAGAAGUUUUCAGGUAAUUAAGAGAAGAUGACGGUGAUCGAUUUGAUAACUAGAGUCGAAGCUAUUUGCAAGAAAUAUGAAAAGUAUGAUGUUGAUAAGCAAAAGGACCUCAACGUCGCCGGCGAUGAUGCUUUCGCCCGCCUUUACUGUGUCAUCGAGGUUGACCUUGAUGCUGCUCUUCAAAAAUCUGAGUCGGCUGCAACGGAGAAGAAUAGGGCUACGGUUAUUGCUGUGAACGUGGAGAUUCGGAGAACCAAAGCUCGAUUGCUCGAGGAACUCCCCAAAUUGCAAAGACUCGCUUUUAAAAAGGUCAAAGGGCUUUCAAAAGAAGAGCUUGAGGCUCGUAGUGAUUUAGUUUAUACACUCAAAGACAGGAUUGAAGCGAUCCCACAUGGAAGUACUAGCACAGCAAAACAAACCAGUGAUUGGGCUCCUUCAACCUCUCAUAAGGGAAUCAAAAUUGACUCAACAUAUGAUGGUAGAUUUGAUAGUGAAUAUUUCCAACAAACUGAAGAGUCAGACCGGUUUGGGCAGGAAUAUGAAAUGCGUAGAAUGAAACAGGAUCAAGGUUUAGAAGUCAUAGAAGAAGGAUUGGACACUCUGAAAAACAUGGCCCAUGACAUGAAUGAGGAGUUGGACAGGCAAGCGCCACUGAUGGAUGAAAUAGAUGAAAAGAUGGACAGGGCAACCUCAGACCUGAAAAGUACUAAUGUGAGACUUAAGGAUACUGUCAACCAGCUGAGAUCCAGUCGCAACUUUUGCAUUGACAUCAUCCUCCUCUGUAUAAUUUUGGGCAUCGCUGCUUAUCUAUACAAUGUGUUGAAGUGAAGUAUUCCGGCUGCCACUUCCAAGACCGCUAAUUUACUGGUAUGGACAGACUUCUGCGGCUAUAGAAUUUUAUUUGCAAAUUACAACAGUUUCUGUGCUUGGUGUAAAAUUACGAGUCUUUAUAUACAUUUUGUAAUCUAAUUGUUCUAAGCAUCUGCAAAUCCCGUAGGAACCAUUCUCAUGUUAAUAGGGUCCCACUUCGUCAAGUUAUGGCUCCAUCCUGUUUUCUUGAAGUUGGGAUAAAUAAUUCUCGAUUCUCAUGCUCAACAAGAACUCAAUUCCAGGUCAAGGGUAUCAAAA